UAUUUCAACUGUUUUUCAUUUUAUUUGUUCUUCUUUUUUCAGGCCAGGCGCCGCCAUCACAAAGCUCGUCUUUGUCUCUAAACUAAACUAGUUAGAAGCAACUAUUCUAACCGUGAUAAUGGAUGACGAAUGGGAUGACUCUUGUGAUGUUGUGGCGCAGCCUCCCCCUCCUACAAUUAAUAACUACGGCAAUGAUGUAGAUGGCGGCCACAGUCUAUCCAUGGGUAGAGGUUUUUCAUCCUUCAUUGAAGACAACAAUGAUGAUUAUGAUAAGGGUGGCAGCAAUGGAUACGGAGAAAGGCGCGGAGGUCGCGGCGGCGGACGAGGCGGUGGCCGAGGCCGAGGGGGCCGCGGAGGACGGGGCGGCGGUGGCAGAGACAGAGGCGACUAUGAGAAUGGAGGAGACAACUAUGGCAACGGCGACAGGGAAGACAGGGGAGAUAGGGGUGAAAGAGGAGAGCGCGGCAUGGGAAGGGGCCGCGGUAGAGGAGGCCGGGGUUGCUCUCGACCCACCGGCGGCAGCGACGACGGCGGCGAGAGGCCCGAGGGUGGCGAGGAAGGCGAGAAGAAGCCGCCAGUCACAUACGUGCCGCCGGAACCCACCGAGAAUGAAAGCGAGAUCUUCAGCAGUACUAUCAGUUCUGGAAUCAACUUUGAUAAGUUUGAUUGUAUUGCUGUGAAGGUAACCGGCGAAAAUCCACCUCGCGCUAUCGAUAGCUUUGAAACAGCAAACUUGCGAAAGUAUGUAGUGGACAAUAUCCUCAAGUCAGGCUAUAAAAAACCUACGCCCAUACAGAAGCACGCGAUUCCGAUCGUCAUGGCUGGCAGAGACUUAAUGGGAUGUGCCCAAACGGGGUCGGGAAAAACUGCAGCCUUCCUUCUGCCUAUAAUCAACGUGCUUUUACAAGAUUCUCGUGAGCUGGUGGUUGGGGCCAACGGGGCACAACCUCAGGUGGUUAUCGUAUCUCCUACCAGGGAAUUGACGCUGCAAAUAUUCAAUGAAGCCAGGAAGUUUUCUUUCGGAUCCGUCCUGAAGAUUGCUGUGGCCUAUGGAGGUACAGCUGUACGACACCAAGGGGACUGCAUCGCUAGAGGCUGUCACAUAUUAGUGGCGACUCCGGGACGCUUGCACGACUUUGUGGAUCGCGGCCGAGUGUCGUUUGAGAGUAUCCGAUUUGUGGUGCUGGAUGAAGCGGACCGCAUGCUGGAUAUGGGCUUUAUGCCCAGCGUUGAGAAGAUGAUGCAACAUCCUACUAUGGUUCCUCCUUCGGAGCGCCAAACACUGAUGUUCUCAGCCACAUUCCCAGAAGACAUCCAGCACUUGGCUGGCCGCUUCCUCAACAACUACCUGUUCGUGGCCGUGGGCGUGGUGGGCGGCGCCAGCACAGACGUGGAGCAGAUCUUCCACCAGGUUACGAAGUAUGAAAAGCAGAAGACGCUGCAGAGCCUCGUCGAGGAGUAUGAUGGAAAGCGUAUCCUCGUGUUUGUGGAAACGAAGCGCAACGCGGACUUUAUAGCGGCCAUGUUGUCGCAGAAGCAAUUGCUGACGUCAUCCAUCCACGGCGACCGCCAGCAGAAGGAACGCGAGGAAGCUAUGGACAACUUCAAGAGUGGCAAACACUUCAUACUUGUGGCUACCGCUGUGGCAGCUAGGGGAUUAGAUAUUAAGAACGUGGAUGUCGUGGUGAACUACGACUUGCCCAAAAGCAUUGAUGAAUACGUACACAGAAUCGGCAGGACGGGUCGCGUCGGCAACAGAGGCAAGGCGGUGUCGUUCUUUGAUGCUGAUCAAGAUGCCGCGCUAAUAGCGGACCUGGCCAAGAUCCUGCGGCAGGCGGAGCAGUCGGUGCCCGACUUCCUGCAGGGCGGUGGCACUGCCACGUACAAGGGCAACAAGUACGGCGGCAGCGACAUUAGGGAUUUCAAUAAUGCAACCUCGGCUGCAGAACCAGGCCAAGAGGCUGACGAAGAGUGGUAGACGUACGGACCUCUUGAUAUUACACCCAGUGACCUUAAUUAUGUCCUCAGUGAAUUUUUGAUUAAUGGUGAUUAUUGUGCAACUAGUGGUGCGUGUAUAUCAUUGGUGCUUGACUGACCCGCGAGUGGAAAACUUGAAAAACACUGAGUAUGUGAGACUCAACCCCCUCCCCUUCCGUGACUAGGGGUAGAAACAUAUUGUUAAUAUGCCCACAGCACAACAUAAGUACCUAUAAAUUAUUAUUGUCUGCCAUUUUUUGUGCAGCUAAGAAACAAAUUAAUCUAGUCUUUUGUAGCUUUUAGGUCAUUUAAGUAACACACAUUAUACAAAACAUCUGCUUGGCUGGCCCACCUCUUAAUAGAGCAAUCGUAUAAAGCAGGGUUUGGAAACCCUUGGAAUAAUUCAAAGGGCCCAAGAUCUAUCUAGAAAACUAGAGAACAUAUUUUUUGUAUGACUUUCCUACAUAAUAAUAAACUAUGGUGGGCCAGAUAUUGGACAUUUUCAGCUGAAAUAUUUUGCUUAA